UGCCGCCAGGGGGAAGGCAGGCCCUCAGCCCGGGCCGCCGCGGCCGCCCCCUGCCCCGAACCGGGCGCCAUGGCCCGAGGUGGCCCCCGCCGCCCCGCCACCUAUUAAGGGCUCCCCGUCACCCUCCCGCCAUGGCCCGGGGGGGCGGUGAGGCGGCCGCGGACGGGGAGCUGGGAGAUGACAGCAUGUCUGUGAUAACCUGUGAAUCAGACACAGAAAUGAAGCUAAAGAAGAAAAUUUUUCACAAGCCUCCAAAGUCACCAAAGUCUCCAUACAGCUCUAGCACACAACUGUAUCCUAAAAAAGCUGCAGUUUGGCGAUCUCUGCAGGGAACAGGCUGUGCACGUCCCGAGAGCACAGCUGUAAAAAACCCAAGGCAGAUGUGGCUGGGAUCACUGAAACAAGGAAUGAGCCAUUCUCUGAAAUCAGAUGUUGACAUGGGGCAUAUGCGAACUAACAUUUCUAGUAGCACUCCGGAGUAUUUGAAGGAAGCUCUAGGAAUGAAGAAGCCAAAACAUUCUCGUUCUUCUAGUAAUGGCUACAUUCCUGGAACUCCCAACUACAAAGAAAAAGAAGAUAUGUAUGAUGAAAUUAUAGAACUAAAAAAGACAAUACAAGCUCAGAAAAAUGAGGGAGAUCGAAUGAAAACUAAGCUCCGUCGACUAGAAGAAGAGAACAAUAGAAAGGAUAAACAGAUUGAACAACUGUUGGAUCCUUCCAGGGGCUCUGAGCUGGCACGAGCUUUGUCAGAAAAGAAGACUGAUAAUGGAUGGGUGGUGAGUGGAUUAAAGCAGAAGAUUUUCAAGCUAGAACAACAGUGCAAGGAAAAAGACAACACUAUUAAUAAGUUCCAGGCAGACAUGAAAACCACUAAUUUGGAAGAAAUGAGGUUAGCUAUGGAAACCUACUAUGAAGAGGUUCAUCGUCUCCAACUCCUGCUGGCAAAAUCUGAGACUAUGAGGAAAAAUACAGAGGGCAGAGAUACCCAGAAACGACUAAAGGCACUGAAUGCUGCUGUCCUGAGGUUAUCUAGGAACAUCAAGGAACUGCAGAAUGAGAAUCGGAGGCUGAAAGAAGAUCUAGAUCAUGUACUGAGCAGUUCUCCUCCUUCCAAUAAAACAAAAAAUUACAGUGAGUGGAGCAGACAGAGGCUGGUGAGGCGGAUUUCGGAACUAGAAAAAAAAAUAUGUGCCAUGGAGAACACCAGGGUGUCAUCAGCAGACAGUGAAUCUUCACAGUUACUUGCUGUGUCAUCUUCGCCUUCUCUAGACCUGGAUCAUGCUGACCCUCAACAGGUAGACCAUGGUGAGGAAUGUCGUCGCCUCCAAAGGCUAGUGAAGAAACUGAAGAGUGAUAAGAAGGCACUUCAAAAUCUCCUGCUCAAUAAAGAGUUAGAUAUCCAGCAGUUACUGCAGGCUAAGGCUGACGUGGAGCUGGAGCUGCAGAAGUGGCAGAAUAAAAAGGAAGAAAAGAGUACAGAAGAGCAGACUUUAAGCGAGGAAACUGAGAACCUGACCCAGAAAGUAGGGAAGUUGGAGUCAAAAUUGGAGGAAGAGAAAAGACAAAUGGCAGAAGAUACAAUGGAAAAGCUUAGUAAGAGGGAGAGAGGUCUUGAAGGAGUUGGCAGAAAAAGGAUAGAGACAGAGACUUCACCUGUCUGCGUGGUUAAAGGUAAAGAAGAUCACAGGAAGGAACAAGCAGCCAAAAUCAUCCAGAAACAAUGGAAGAUGUUCCGAAAGAAGAAGGAAGAAAUUGCUCUGGAUGAGGCAGUUGUAAUGCUUCAGGCAGCUUUCAGAGGACAUUUAGCUCGACAGAAACUGUUACUGAAUAACAGGGUGCACGAUGCAAAAUCUCACAAGAAGAACUGCUGCGUGUCUUCCAUGUCAAACUCCUUGAGCUUGUCUGCUGAUUGCAAGGAGGAAGAGGAGAUUGUGACAUUCAUCCAGUCCAUUUUCAGGGCUCACUUGGCACGUACAGUACUCCUUGAGGAGAGGCCCUCUGUGUCCAGUGAGAAACCAGAUUCUGCUGUUUACAGUACAGAGAAGAAACCAGUCCCAGCAGCACUCCAGAGACCUCCUCCCAUCUCCAUGUCAUCUGUUCCUGCCAGGUCCUCUGAGGAGCCAUGGCAUCUGACUCCCGGGGAGGAAGCUCACUCUGACGACUCGGAUGAUGUUGUCAUUGUCCCCUCGUUGCAGAUGAAGAAAAACUACACCCACUUUUAAGUGUUGGUAAUGGAAAAAGGAAGAGUAUCAGCCCCUUUUUAAUGACAACUGUCAUUAUUUCAGCUAUAAAUGAGUAAUUGUUUGAUAUGUCCUCUCUGCAGGCUUUAUGGAUAAAAACUGCUGACUGUUAACCUUACCCUCCUGGUACACAGAGAGUUUGGAUUUAAAAACUAAAACCAAACACUUCAAUGUUUUGUCUCACAAGGAGGGUUAUAAAUUCAAUUGCCAAAUUUAAAUGAAAGCAAUAAAGCCUUAAGCUAUUUCAUGUCAAAGUUUUGUUCCGGGUCGACUAAAAUACUUCGAUUAAUCGGAAAGUAAUUAAUGACAUGGCUCCAGUUUUUAGCCUGUGUACGUGCAGGGGAACAGCUUGUAUUUGUUACCAGGUCCAGCCUGUGUGUGUGAAGGGGAACAGCUUGUAUUUGUUACCAGGUCCUCUCUAUUUAAAAAUUUUACUGUGUCACAUUUUAAUAUCUUUUUUUGUUUAUUUUUAUACUGAACAUUUACAGUCUGUGCAGACCUUGUAAAGGCUUUUAGAAAGCCAUUUCUUUGUCAUAGGGCUAUUCUAAGCCUACUGUAUCAGCAGGGUUUUCUUAUUUAUUGCUUUUUCCAAGUGUGCUUGCUGUAGUACCAGUUUGCCUUUGAAAUGUCUGAUCACGUAAUUGUUUUUUCUAUUUGUCAGAGAAGGUACGUAAUAGCAGGAGUGUUCUGUGAAGGGUGCCCUUGUGACUGCUCUUUCUGCUUAUGUAUCACAAAUAAGAGUGGAUUAUGCAGGGUCAUCUCUAAUACACGAAAACAUUUGCCGCAGGAGGUUUGUUGCUUUAUGUCCUGCUUUAGCUUCUGUCACUUGAGUGUCUGAAA